AUGGAGAAGUACAUUCUCUUAUUGAUUCUUCUAUAUCUUGUUCAAUACUGUACUGUUUCGAUAUCAGCUGCACCUUCUAAUGAGACCGACCAAGAAGCUCUACUAGCUUUCCAAAAUCUUAUUACAAGUCCUAAUCAAUUUUUGGCCAAUAAUUGGACGAAGAACUCUUCUUUUUGCUCUUGGUUCGGUGUCAAGUGCAGUUCCAAAAGGCAAAGGGUUGUAGCCUUGGCUCUUCCUAAUUUGCAACUUCAAGGCAUAAUUUCUCCGUCUUUGGCCAAUUUGUCCUUUCUCAGAGAGCUCAAUCUCGAGAACAACUUCUUUCAUGGGGGUAUCCCUUACGGCCUUGGCCACUUGCCUCGCCUACGAGUCAUUGAUAUUCAGAACAAUCAGCUGAACGGAAGUAUUCCAACAAGUCUAUUUCAACACUGGAGAGUUCAAGUAAUUUCAUUGGCUUUCAAUAAACUCAGUGCUGAAAUGUGGAAAGGUCCAUGUUUGUAUGGGAAUAGAGUCAGCGGCAACAUUCCGGAGGAACUCGGUAAUCUGAGUCGGCUUGCAUUUUUGAACUUGGCCGAUAAUCAAUUAACGGGUUCCCUUCCUGCACCACUCUUUAAUAUCUCAUCGCUAGUUGGCGUGUCAGUGUCAUUCAAUAACCUUUCGGGUCCUCUCUUGCUUGAUGAAGGGAAUAUUGUGUCAAAUCUAGAGUUCUUAGUUAUGCAUUACAACCAAAUUUCUGGUCCCAUUUCUUCCAACAUAUGCCAACUCACAAAGCUCAAAAUUUUGUCCAUGUCUUUCAACAAGAUAACUGGAGAUACACCCCGAAAUAUUGGUUGUUUAUCCAAACUUGAGGAGUUUUAUAUUGGUGAUAAUCCCUCUUCAAUGGGCAAUAUUUCCACUCUGCGAAAACUUUAUUGUGGAAACAAUCGCAUAGCAGGGAAAAUUCCUCCUGAAUUAGGGAAGCUAUCAAAUUUGAGGCAAUUCAACUUUAUGUUUAAUUAUAACCUUAUUGGUCAAAUUCCAGGGGCUAUCUUCAACAUAUCUUCUUUGGAAAUCGUUAACUUCAGUUUCAACAACCUUUCGGGUAGAAUUCCGAGCACUACAAGUCUUCAUCUUCCAAACCUUAAAGAACUUAUCUUGGGAGUCAAUCAGAUCGAAGGGGAAAUUCCAUCGUUCAUAACAAAUGCGUCCAAGCUUGAGAAACUUGGGCUAAACAGGAACUUUCUCACAGGAACUAUUCCUAAUAAUUUGAGAAAUCUUCGUGAACUGCGACAUUUGUUCAUACAUACUAAUCAACUGACCAAUGAACCAAGAGAGCAUGAGUUCAGAUUCUUCAAUUCCUUGGCCGACUGUAGGAAGUUGCAAUAUCUACAAGUGGGUAAAAAUCCGUUGAAUGGCGUUCUGCCCAAUUCUAUUGGGAAUCUGUCAUCAACGAUUCAAAACUUUCAGAUAACAAAUGCACACGACAAUGGCCUCAUCCCCUCAAGUAUAGGAAACAUGAGCGGUCUAAGAGCCCUAUACUGGGGAGGCAACAACUUGGCGGGAAAUAUUCCUUCUGACUUUGAAUGUUUAGGAAAUCUAAGCAUGCUUCAAGUGCUUUAUUUGAAUUCUAAUAAAUUUUCAUCAAAAUUGCCCUUGAGCAUUUGGAAAAUGAAACAUCUUCUCUAUCUACAUUCUAUAGAGGGAGAAGCUCCACCAAAUAUUGGAGAAUUGGAAGCCAUUGUACAUCUAGAUCUUUCUCGCAACCACUUUUCGGGCAUGAUACCAAGCAGAUUGGGGGAUCUCCAAAACAUACAGUCUCUUAACCUAUCAAACAAUUCAUUUUCAGGCCAAAUUCCAUUCUCCCUUUCAAACUUGACAAACUUGGAAGUCUUGGAUUUGUCUUUAAAUGGGUUGUCAGGUACCAUUCCUAAGUCAUUGGAAAAACUACCACACGUCACAAAUAUCAAUGUUUCAUUUAAUGAUUUAGAAGGUGAAAUACCCAAUGGUGGUGCGUUUGCGAAUUUCACUAUGCAAUCAUUUCUUGGGAACAAAAGGCUAUGUGGAAUGCACAUAUUGGAGGUUCCUUCUUGCCCUAUGAAUAAUCCUGAACAGAAAUCAAAGUCUAAAGAGUUUGUCCUGAAAAUUGUCAUUCCAGUGGUUUCUUCAUCCUUUCUGAUAUUCUUGUUGGUUUCAAUUUGGAUAAUGAAAUGGCAGAAGAAACAAAAGUCUAAAGAUGUUGAAAAAGUAACGGAGAUCGGGACCUAUCAAUUGAUUUCUUAUCAUGAGAUUCGACGAGCAACAAAUAAUUUUGAUGGAUCAAAUUUAAUUGGUGAAGGAAGCUCCGGCUUUGUAUAUAAAGGCACAUUAUCUAGCGGAAUUGUGGUGGCCAUAAAGGUUCUGAAUUUGGAAAAUGAGCAAGUAUGCAAGAGGUUUGAUACUGAAUGUGAAGUGGUGAGAAAUGUGAGACACAGAAAUCUUGUUCCUGUGAUUACUACUUGUUCUAGUGACAGUAUACGAGCCUUCGUUCUGCAAUAUAUGUCCAACAGGAGUCUUGAGAAUAGGUUGUACAGAGAAGAUUGCCACUUGAACCUACUUCAAAGAGUCACUGUAAUGCUUGAUACGGCUAUGGCAAUUGAAUAUCUACAUCAUGGUAAUGACACUCCGAUAGUUCACUGUGACCUAAAGCCGGCCAACAUUCUCUUGGAUGAAGAUAUGGUGGCUCAUGUUGGUGAUUUUGGCAUCUCUAAAAUUUUAGCCAUAAGCAAGUCAAUGGCACAUACAGAGACAUUGGGCACUCUUGGUUACAUUGCACCAGAAUAUGGCUCGGAGGGAAUAGUGUCCACUAGUGGUGAUGUUUAUAGUUACGGCAUCAUGUUGCUGGAGGUUUUGACCAAAAGAAGGCCAACAGAUGAAGAAAUAUGCAAUGAAAAUCUUGAUUUGAGGAAAUGGAUAACACAAUCAUUUUCAGGGACUAUGAUGUACGUUGUAGAUGUCAAUCUUUUUUCUGAGGAAGAACAAAUCACUUCUAAAAGUGAAAUCUGCAUAGCCUCCAUGGUCGAAUUGGCUUUAGAUUGCACAAUGGAAAUUCCAGAAUCAAGAAUAGCCAUGAAAGACGUACUCAAACGACUUAACAAAAUCAAGAACACAUUUCUGGAAAUAUGGCAAUUUGCAUCUCAGCCGAUGCCGUUCUUUCUGAGCUCCAAUUGA